AUGAAGAUGUUUGAUCCGUAUGCCAUCAUACAACGCGAUCAAACCAGAGCAACGGUAGGGUCAAGACGUAUCAUAAAACCGAGUCAGCCGUUACGAGGGCUAUCAUCAUUAGGGAAAAGCGGCAAAUUAGAGCUACAUGACGGUGAGCUGCGUCGCCAUCGGAUGGUGUUGCGUCUGUCACCCUCGAAUGGCUAUGUUGCUGAACUCUUCCGAGUGCUUUCAACGGUUCUACCAAACUAUGCAGGCGAAUUCCUACUGGAGAUUUGGUGGAACAUUCGCAAAUCGCUAUCGGAUGAGGGAGCGGAGCAUGUGAGUGCUGAUUGGACAGCUUUCGUAGCGACUCUGCUCACUCUCGCGGUACCCUUCAUCGAUGAGAAGAAGGGGAAGACGGUCGCUCGUGCAAAGUCAACUCAGCGAAGAAGUUCUGGGCGUCCUGCAAGCCAAGCCAAGCCAGACGAGUUUAUUGAUGACGAGGACUCAGCAUGGCGUCUUAUGUGCAAUCGCCAGACGUCGACACCGCAGGCCAAGAGUUGGGGGUCCUCUCCCUGGGCCUGGGCGUUGCACUCUAGUCCGACAUCGACGGCGAUGAGUCCGCCGGCCAAGCGUGACUCACUGCAGCGCCAGUUGCCAACAAUCGCUCAACAGAUCAGCAUAAAAAACGGCAUGAUACCAACUUGCCUCGAACUUGCUCGUCAGUAUGUCCAGUCACCGAUCGGCAAAGCCACCAAUGACCAUUGGAGACGAAUGUCUCCCUCGGAGAAGCAGGAUCUUCGCAUAUCGUCUUUGUCUGAAAUUGUGGUGUCGCUCCAUCUCUUCCGUGAAGAGCGCAAGCUUGACACCCUAUGCCAAGAUUUCUCUGAUAUGCAACACGGGAAUCUCGCACCCGUGUUAUCACAGAUUGGGCACUGGCUUCGUUGGGAAGCAUGGGAUUGGAGACAGGGUGGAUUCUUCGAUCUUGAUGGGGGUUCAAGUCAGGAUUGGGCAUAUGACGAAACCACAUUGAUCAGCAAAGUUCGGCUGCAUGCACAGCCAUGGGAUGCACCUCCCUCAAUCAUGGAAUGGAUUAGCACUGUCACAGGGUCCCAGCAUUAUGCCCCAUUCCCCACACUAGCGAUGCUCAUACGGAAGUCCAAAGCCUCUCCACACUCGUCCAUCAACAUCGACGAGAUCAUAGCCGGGGUAACGCCCAGGACUGUAGCAUUGCACAGGUUCUUCCGCGACAUAGAUCCUGCAUCGAGCCCUAAGAAGGUUGUAGAGCUGAUCAGGACCUGCAAUAUCAGCCCUGAGCUGUUAGCCACGUUGCCGGAAGCCGCCAAAGCACCACUCAUGGAAGCUAUUACCAGAUGUCAGGCGAAUCCACCUACUACAUGGUCGAGCUCACUACUCAGACUCGUCCAGCGCGAAGACUUGGAUCUUAGCCACACGCCAGUUGCAGACUUUGCCCACGAUAGCCACUUGGCCACAACAGGCGGGGGUCUGCAUGUAGCUGGCACAACACGAGACGUUCACACUAUAUGUCAAGGCGCUGAUCGAAUGGAAGCAAUCCAAUCAACAUCUGAAGUUGAUCGGCACUACAUCACGCGACUCAUCUUCCGCGAAGAUAGGCGGUUCAUGGAGGCAUACACGCUGCUAGAGCCUCUGCGGCAGACUGUCGCAGAGUACAAGGCUGACAACCGGCAAGACGAUGCAGCAAUGCUUGAGGGACAGAAAGCACUUAUGCAAUGGGUCAUGGUGCGCACGUUCUCUCUGCCGUUAGGCAGUUCCAUGAUCAAGUUCAGCAGCAAGAAACCUCUGCUGACAGAGAAAUACCCGCUAUACGGCUUCUCGACAUCGUGUCUCAUGAAGCCAAUGGGUAACGUUGUCACUGCAGAACGGCAGAAUUAUUCCGAGGAGAAAUACUUUUGGGCAUUCUUCAACGCUGGUGCUGCAGCUGGUCUCAGCAUAUCGCGCGACGCCCAGGGCAUCGACACGUCAUGGAUCAUGUACAACAAGCCUUCAGAGUUGACGAACAAGCACGCUGGACUGUUGCUUGGCCUUGGCCUAAAUGGCCAUCUGAGAACGAUUGCCAAGUGGCUGUCUUUCAAGUACCUUACCCCCAAACAUACCAUGACUUCGGUCGGCUUAUUGUUGGGCUUGGCCGCCUCAUUCAUGGGUACCAUGGAUACGCUGGUUACAAGACUGCUAUCGGUGCAUGUCACAAGAAUGCUCCCACAAGGGGCAGCCGAGCUAAACCUCUCUCCCUACACCCAGACCACAGGCCUGAUGGGCAUUGGUUUACUCUACUACAACACACAGCACCGUCGCAUGAGCGAGGUGAUGCUUUCAGAGAUCGAGUUUGUUGAGAUUCCAGACCCAUCAGAACCACCCGAUAGUUUGCGGGAUGAAGCUUACAGGCUGGCUGCGGGCUUCGCGCUCGGCUUCAUCAACCUGGGCAAGGGUAAAGAUCUUAGAGGCCUCCACGAUAUGCGUAUUGUUGAGCGUCUCAUGACAGUCGCUGUAGCGCCUAAGCCCGUCAACGUCGUUCACAUCCUCGAUCAAGCCACAGCUGGAGCAGUCAUCGCCGUUGCCCUCAUCUUCAUGAAGACCCACGACCAGACCGUCGCGCGUAAGAUAGAUAUCCCGGAUACGCUGCCCCAGUUCGACUACGUUCGCCCAGACAUUUUCCUCCUCCGCACCCUCGCAAAACAUCUCAUCAUGUGGGAUACCAUCGAGGCUUCGGACUCCUGGAUCAUCAAGAAUCUGCCGUACGAUUAUCGCGAAGCCUGGGAUCUCAAAGGCAUUACACGACUCCGUAGCGAGCAAAUGCCCUUUUACAACAUCAUCGCAGGUCUGCUGUGGGCUGUGAGUCUCAAGCAUGCUGGUACGGGGGAUAUCCAGGUCCGCGACUUCCUGAUCAAGUAUCUGGAUCAACUGAUACGUAUCAACAAACUGCCCGCCAUACGCUAUGAUUCCAAGCUUUCCAAGAACACAGUCCGGAACUGUCAAGAUCUCAUCGCUUUAGCCGCCGCAACUGUCAUGGCAGGGACUGGCGAUCUCGACGUCUUCCGUCGCUUGCGCGGUCUCCACGGCCGCAUUGGUCCGGAUAUCCCCUACGGCUCUCAUCUCGCAGCUCAUAUGGCCUUCGGCACUCUGUUUAUCGCAGGUGGCACACAGACCUUCAGUCGUAGCAACAAAGCCAUUGCCAGUCUGAUCUGCGCCUUCUACCCCCUGUUUCCCUCCGACGUACAAGACUCGCGGGCCCAUCUUCAGGCGUUCCGUCACUUUUGGGUACUAGCCGCCGAGCCCAGAUGUCUUGUUGUGCGGGACGUAGACACAGGACGCGCAAUAUCCAUGCCCAUCAACGUCGUCUUCAAGAACAAUCAAGAAGGGAACGAGGAGCCACAAACAAAGACAUUAGUAGCACCCUGUCUCCUCCCGGAGAUCCAUCUCAUCAGCCGCCUCGAAACAGCAGAUCAGACAUACUGGCCCACGACCUUAGAUUUCGUACACAAUCCACUUCAUCUCAAAUCUUUCGAGCGCAAUCAAACACUAAACGUUCGCCGUCGAUCUGCCCAUGAUACGUACGCCACGGCGUUUAGUUCUACUCUCGUCGCCCUCAAUGACGCCCAAUCAUCGAAGACCGCAAACCUCCUGUUCCACUGGAUCUUCACCCUCCCCGCGCUAUCGCAGUUCAUAUCUGCCAGCGACGCAGGACUCAUAUUGCCACUCGAUCAAUACAGUAAGAGCUGGUUGGAUCCCGGAGCCACAGUUGUGGAGUCCAGGUUGGUGCUAGGUCGGCUGGCGAAGAGCUGGAAGGUUGAAGAGCUGAGGGAGUUGAAGGGCGUGUUUGAGUGGGCGGAUGCGGCGUGUCGGCAAAAUGGCAAGCUGAGGUGGUUAGGUAGGGAGGUUGUGGAGAGGAUUAAGGCGGGGGUUAUGGACCGGGGGAGGGGGAUGGGCGGGUAG